CUGUUUCAAACAUUAAUUGAAAAUGUUAUGUCAACCGACACUGCAACAGGCAUUGGUCGUCACGGGUCUAGCUUUAGCAAGCUUGUCUGAAGGCUACAUAUUCGGUCAGAUGUCGGGUAUGAUCAAUGUUCUCCGCGCAGAUGAUAGUCCCAUAACCUUGUCAGAAAAUGAGGUGUCCUGGAUUGCUUCGAUCAUCAAUGUGACAUGCAUCAUUGGAUUUGCCAUUGUAAUAGUUAUAACUGAGCUAUAUGGACGGAAGAUAACUCUAACUAUUGUAUCUGCUCCAGUACUGAUAUGCUGGUUGAUGAUUUAUUUUGCCAAGGAUAAAUAUACUAUACUAGCAUCAAGGAUCAUAGUUGGAAUAGCUUUUGGAAGUGUCCUACCUUUAAUUUAUAUGAAUGUCAGCGAAUACGUUGGACCAAACAAAAGAAUUAUAUUAGUUAAUUUCAUAACCUGCGGAAUGGGCUGCAUUGGAACAAUGCUUGGUCAUAUCCUCAGUAUAUUUCUAGAUUGGAAGAACGUUGCAUUAAUUGGAAUGAUUCCAACAGCAUUGUCUACAAUCAUGCCUCUCUUUUGGGUAGAAAGUCCAUUUUGGCUUGCAAAUUCAGGAAGAUAUGAAGACUGUGAGAGAUCAUUUAGAGCAUUGCAUAGAUUAAAUGAAACAUCAACUGAAGAAUUAAAACAACUUAUAAACAAUUCGAGACAAAACAUUGAAAAAAAUAAUAAAAACAAAAAAGUCCUUUUCGAAUUAGCGAAGUCAUUUAUAGUUUUUUGUAGAAGUAAAUAUUUCUUCAAGUUUUUUAUGAUCAUUGUUGUAAUAAGUACUUAUAGAGUGGUUGCUGGAAAGAUUCUGUUGAGCACUUUGGCCAAUGUUAUGAUUCAAGAUAUAACAGGAAGUAAAAACAUAUUUUCAUUCACUUUACUAGUCGAUGGAUUUGCUUUGGCUGGAACAACAUUAUUCUGUUUCUUCAUAAGCAAUGCAAAGUUAAGGCCUCUAUUAUUAAUAUCUGGUACAAUAGCGAACUGCAUACAGAUUGCUUUGUCAACACUUUUGUAUUGUUUUCCGAAAUCCGUACAACCUUUUAUGACAUGGCUACAAAUAAUUUUACUGGCUUUGUACUUUAUUACUGUAAGUGGCGGGCCUUAUAGCGUACUAGAGACACUUUUAUCAGAAAUACAUCCGCUUAAAACAAAAGCAAUCACGUUAUUCAUGGCGGCCACUAUUGGUGGCGUUUUACAGUUCCUUGAUAUAAAAGUAGCUUAUGUUUUUCUACCAGCAAUAGGUUACCAGGGAGUGUUCUUAGUUCAUUCCGCUAUUGUUUUCUUAUGUCUUUUAUAUAUGUAUUUUUAUUUACCAGAAACAAGAGGAAAGACGUUGCAGGAAAUAGAAAUGUUUUUCGAACAUAAUAAGUUUCAUAGUUUCAAUGUUUUAUACGAACCAGUGCGGCAAAGAGAUAUCGAGACAGAAAAUAUUGAACUAUUGAAGAAAUAA